AUGACUGCUAGUGGCCAAGACGCAAACUUUCAAGUGUUCCCUAUGGCUUUUGCUGUCGUCGAUGGCGAAACUGAGGAAGCGUGGACCUGGUUCCUCACGAAGCUUGAAAGGAUCAUUCCUGACUCAAAUACCCUCUCCAUUAUCUCAGAUUGUCACUCUUCUAUAAUCAAAGCCAAGUGUGAUGUCUUCCCACAUGCACAUCAUGGAGCCUGCAUAGUCCACUUAAUGCGUAACGUGGUCUCACGCUACAAGAACAAAUGUCUAGCCAGAAUGGUGUGUGAGGCUGCAUUCUCUUACCGGCGCAAAGAUUUUGAUCUCUGUUUCGCCAAAAUCAGGCAAGCAAAUGGAGAAUGCGCCAACUACCUUGAGGGGAUUGGGACUUCAAAGUGGUCUAGGACUUACAUCCUUGGGAAUGGUUACAACCUAUUGACCAGGAACACCGCAGAGCAGCUCAACAAUGCCUUUACCAAAGCUAGGUCUUUACCAGUCAUUGAGCUAUUCAGGUUUAUCCAACGCAUGUUGACUCGCUGGUUCUCUGCUAAAAGGACCAAAUCAGCCAAGUGUCGGGGCUUUGUAACACCAGAGGUGGAGAAGGUCUUCCAGAAGCUCAUGAUCUCUUGCGGCCAUGCUCUCUUAGCUGCUGACUCCAUAGGUCUCCCAUAUGUUCAGCUUUUUGGUGAUUGCUACAAAACUCAGACAUGGAUUGACACAUACGCUGGUGCCAUUUACCCUGAAUCCCCCCUAGGAGUCUUCCCCAUUCCAGAAACCAUUACUUCUGUCCUCAUGUUCUCCCCUCAGACUCGACGAUCCUCUGGACGGCCAAAGGACAAGCGUGUCGCAUCAACCGGUGAAAUCCCGGCACCCAAGAAGAAAAAACUUGUCCCUAACAAAUGUGGCCGAUGCGGCGGAACAGGUCACAACAGGACCAAUUGCGUUGUCCCAAUCUGA